AUGGCAGGACGAGGACAAGACGGAUUCAUGCAACCAGGCUUCCUCAACGGACCCGGGCGACGAGGUGGACCUCCUGCUCCUCCUCGCAGCUCCAACCCAAUUGCCCGCUUCUGGGCCGAAGAGAUUGUUCACCCCGAGAAGCUGCCAGGCAACAUGGCUAUCGCAUACGGUACAGCGAUCGCUGUUGCGGGCGUGCUGUUCAUCAGGACGUUGGGCAAGGCGGCGUUGGUUCCCUUCUAA